GUGAAUUCAAUCAAAUACCUUGAUAAAUUUAUCAGCCUAAAGAGAUCAUCAAUCCAUUUUUUAAUAUGGAAGAUCGCCAAUCAAUAGCAACUCUUAAAAUUCUCAUUAUAGGAGAGAGUGGUGUUGGGAAAUCAAGCUUAUUACUUCGAUUUACAGACGAUAAAUUCGAUCCUGAACAAGGAGCCACAAUAGGGGUCGAUUUUAAAGUUACGACUAUGGAUGUUAAUGAUAACAGAGUUAAAUUAGCUAUAUGGGAUACUGCAGGUGAAGAACGAUUUAGAGCAUUAACACCAAGUUACUACAGAGGAGCUCAUGGUGUAAUAUUAGUUUAUGAUGUAACAAAUAGACAGUCAUUUGAUAAACUUGAUACAUGGCUAAAUGAACUUGAACUCUAUUCGACCAAUUGUGACAUAGUAAAAAUGUUAGUUGGAAAUAAAAUUGAUAAGCAAAAUAGAAUGGUGUCCCAAAAGGAUGGUUUUGAUUUUGCUCAGAAGCAUUCAAUGUUAUCUAUUGAAGCAAGUGCAAAAACUAAAGAUGGAGUUAAUACUGCCUUUGAAGAGCUAGUUGAAAAAAUUUUACAAACACCUGCUUUAUAUGAAAAUAAAGGUAAGAGUAAAACAUUUUCUAUUAUUGAUGAUGAUAAUGAAAAUAAUCAAGUUGGUUGUUGGUGCUAAAACAUCAACCACAUUCAAUAAAAUACAUUUGCUCAAUGUUCUAGCACUUAUUACUGCUGUAAUUCAUUGUAAAUAAUUAUACAACAUUACAAAGGAAGAUGACAAUAUUUAAAAUUAUUUAAAGAAAAUUUAUCUAAUAUUAU